AUGAAUUCGAAUUCAAAAUCUCUUUCUAAUUCGAUUAAAAAGGAUCUCUAUUUAUAGGCAUGUAAAUUAAAGGAAAACCCAAUAGAUUGCAUAACUGAAAUCAAAACUUAAUUAAUCAAUAGACUAUCUUAAAAAAUUAUAUGUUGUUUAAUAUGUUGAACUAUAAAGAGAAUGGUUACAAAAACUAUUUCAAGCAUGAAAACUUCAAACAGUUAAAACAUAUGAUGUUUAUCAAGUGGCCAAUUUUAUAGAAAAUAAGUGAAUUAAAUUAUUAGUUUUAAUAUUUAUUCAAUGGCAUGCAUAUAUUGAAUAAAUCCAGAUAAGAUAAGUAAUGCUAUUCAGAUUUAAGACUAAAAGAGAAAAAAGAAUUAAAUGUUAAUAAAUAAAAGCCUUGGAAUUCUGUUGUUUUCAAUUUACAAUAGAAGUAAUUAUGGAAAUAUGAUGCUUAAUAAUUAUAUACUAAAAACACAAAAAGACUUAUUUUCAUUAAUAGGGGUUGGUUUAUUUAAAGAACAUAAAUGAUAUAAUAUAUAUUAGCAAAUGAAGAAUUGAUUCAAAGAUAAAAACUGAAAUUCUAUUAAAAAUAUUAUUCAAUUAUGAAGUUUAAACUAUAUUAAACAGAACAUUACUUAGAAAAAUACAAAAUAAAUUAAUAAAAUCUAAUAUAAGAUUAAUUAAAGAAAGUCAGUUAACGAAUUUAUUAAAAAGAGAAAUCAAAUACUUAUGUGUGUGUGAAACAUUUAAUUUCUUAAAUACUAAAACCGAAAAGCAUAUGAUAUAUAGGUAAUAAAAAAAUUGUCUUAUUAUUGGAGAUGGAAAAUACUUAUGCAAAAAUCUUUAAAUACAUACUCUCAUAUAAGGACUAUAAUAAAGCAAACGAUAUUUAAAGGCAUUAAGAAAAGUUAAUCUGUUGAAAUUAGUCAUAUAAAAUCUUAGAGAUACUAAGAAUUUGAUUUAGAAGUAAAACUAUACAGAAAAGUACCUAAAUAAGAACAAAUUGAAAUAAUUAUUCUAUUAUUUAUAAAAUUAUACAUAAAAGCAAAAAUAUAAAAGAUACUCCUUAGAAUUUGUAUAAUUAUUUAGAAGUAAAUCAUUAUUGAGAUAGUUAUUUUCCCACUUAUAAUUAUAGAAUAAAAAAAAGAGAUAUGAAUGA